AUGCGAGCAGCCGUACAACAACCUCUCAUUGGCCCGGGCUGCAACUCGUCGUUCCGGCACCAGUUCCUCGCCGCUUGGGCGCCCAUCUCCAAGAUCAAGGUCGACUACGGCGGCAACAACGUCACGGCGAUCUUCUGCGAGCCGACGUACUGGAAGCAGAGGGUGUCUGUCGACGUCUCGGCGGCUACCAAGCAACUAGACGCCAACUCAGUCGUGCCCGUAGGCUCGAGGGACCCGCUCGGCGCGGCCAAGUUCAACACCACGGCGCUCGAGUACCUCAUGGGCACCGGGGUGCCCGCCGCCACGGCCACCCGGGACUACGCGGCAUCCACCACCAUCCAGUCGUGGCCGAUUCUCCAAAAGGAGCAAAACGUAGCCGGCCCGGUGACGCUAAUGGUGACAUAUGCCCUAGGCCUCGUCGGCGCGCCCGCGGCAGCGCUGCAAAACGCAUCCGUUCUCGAGAACGCCUUUGCCCUGGCCCACAAGACCGUGUUCGCCAUCGCCAUGUCGCAGAUCCUAUCAGAUACGGGGCGGGCCGAGGCCGCGACUGCUGGCACGGUGCAGCGCACGCUCUACGGGGUCGAGGUCAGCAGGCCGAUAGCCGCCGUCCUCGAGGGGCUGCUGGUGCGGGUCGCGCUGCUGGCUGCCGCGGUGCUGUGGACGUGCGCUAGGGCCGAGAGCAAGCUCCCGCGGGACCCGGCGGCCAUCGGCUUCACUAUAGCUGCGCUGAAGAGGUGCGCAACCCUCCUUAGCCGCCCCGCCGUGGCAGAAUCGGACUCGGCCGACAGCAAGACGCUCGCACAGGGCCUGGCGGGGCAGCGAUUUGCGCUGACUGGGAGCUACCCGCCCCGGCUCGAGCAUCUCGAGCCGCAGCCGCAAGACCCUCCGAUGAGCUCCGGUGGUGGGGCCGGCACGGGCGUUGGGCUCCGGAGAAGCACGGCUUACUCGCCGUUCCAGCCGCGGGAGUUGCGCCCCGCGUCAGGAAUCAUAUUGGUUUCAAUCCUGCUCUGCGGGGCCGGUGUGCUAGUGUAUCUCAAGAAACACGAAGAGGAGCUGCAUGGCCUUCCCCGCCCGACGGACAAUUUCGAGGUGUUGCAGUUGCUCGAGAACUACAUCCCAACCGUGUUUGCAACCCUUCUCGAGCCUUUUCUUGUACUGUUAACGAGGCUUUUGAGCAUACUGCAGCCAUUUCACGAGCUGCGCAUGGGAAAGCGUCCCGCCGAGAAGACGCUGGAUGCCAAAUACACGAGUUUGCCGCCUCAGCUCGUUGUAUGGCGGGCCUUGAGGUCGAAGCAUUUCUUGCUAGGGGCUUUAGGCUCCAUCUCGCUCCUUGUCAAUGCUCUGACGGUGGCUCUUGGUGGCACGUUCAACGAGUUGUCUGUUGCAAUGGAGUAUCCAACCGCUUUCAUAGAAAGCCGUCGCACGAAUCUAAGCCGCAACGCCAUAAUCUCCGAGGGCGCCAGUUGGGAAGGGUACCUCGAUCACUUGUAUGCCGUGUAUUCCAACUUGUCCUCCAACACGAGGCUCCGGCCCUGGGUUACCAGAGACUAUGCUUUCCUGCUAAUCAAUGCCACUGCCCGGGUGCAAGACGGACCUAGACCUGGGCUAUUUAGGACCAAAGCGCGUGGGUUCAGGGCUCUUCCCAAGUGCGCUGCGCUUGCGACAUCGCCCUCGACGACGCAGCCCUAUGCCAACUUGUCGGGAAUCAACGCCGAACUGUCGACGAUUCCUUUGAUGUUCCGCCGGGACAACGGCACGUGGACGCAGUGCUCCCUCCCUCCUCCCAGUGUGAGAUCCCGUGCGGCGAGGCGGUCAGCUCAGGAGCUCGUCGGUUCGUUGAGCAAAGUACAGAUGUCCGGGGGAGAUUUUGAAUGGUACAACGACGGCUUCUGCGACGACAGGAUGGUCCUCGGGUGGGCUCGCCUCGACUCCUCCAGCGACAGCGACACCACCACCCCCAGCUCGCUCUAG